AUGGAAAUCACUCAGCGGCUGAUGUCUGAGAUCCGUGCUCAAAAGCUUCCGCUGCUUUUCCGCCUGCCACGCAAAGGUCUUAUUGCGGGUUCUGUUUUACAACAUUGCAUCCGUGUUGUGGACGAAUACUUUAAACAGCUGGAGCCUGUGGUGUUCAAGUUCGGCUUCACCCAUAACCCGAUAUGGCGCUGGACGAAGGCUCUGUAUGGCUAUUGCCAGGACAAGGAUAUUUGGGCCCAGAUGGUUAUACUGCACGUGUCCCACGAGGCCUUCGGGCCUGCAAUGCUUGAAGCCGACCUGGAUGCCGCAAUGUUCGGCAAGGAGGCCUCUUGUUCCUCGACUAUCCGUGCAGCUCGGAAUGUGGUGCGGGACAUCGGGGAGAAAGGGGCUCGUGCUAGCGGCGGUUUGCUAGAACUGUCCAGAUGCAAAGAGGAUGACGCUGAGAGGGACACUCACCGUCUGUUAGUCAAGCGGUAUCGUCUCAGUCUAGAGAAAGAAAUCCCCCUCUCAUACCUCGAGCUGAAGAACAAACGACUCGCCAUCUUGCGACUUCGGGACUGGAUGCAAUUCCUUAUCGAUUCUCAUUGUUGGCACAUCGUGACUGGGCUUGUUGGCCGGGACGAGGCCCGAGAAGAGGCCAUACUCAAUGAAUUCUGGUCGAGGUACAAAGUCUCCCACCCCAGCCACCCCAUAUUCCAAUUGGAGGCAAAAGGUGUGUACCUGGGCAGAUGCGCCCCGCUGAUUUAUCACGGCGACGAAGGACGAGGCAAACGCAGAACAGCAUUUCUGGUCACCAGCUAUUCGUCGAUCCUAGGGCGCGGCAGCGCCCCUGCAGACAAAGCUCGCAAACGAAACGGAGUCCGAAAAGAGUAUCUGAAACUUCGAACGAACUUUCGAGGUCACUCGUUCACGAACCGUUUCUUCCAGGCUGGCUGGCCUAAGGCCAUCUACGACAACGAGGAAAAUGGAGCUUUCGAGUUGCUUCUUCAGAACUGCAAAGAUGAGAACGACUUCUUGAUGUAUCAAGGCUUAUGGGACCAAGGACGACACAAAAAGUUUCAUGCCGUCAUUCUUGCGGUCACAGGAGAUUGGCCGUGGCUUUGCAAGUCUGGAAGACUCCUUCGGAAUUUUAACCAUGCCGUCAAGAAGCCCAAAGAUGCGGAAAACCCAACAGGGAUAUGUCACCUUUGUUUGGCGGGGCGACGGGAGCACGAUUUCGAGCACAUACAUACAGAAAGGCCGUCCUGGCUAAGCACUUUUUUGCAAGAAGACCCCUUCGAUGAACCCUCGGUAUUGGCAACACUUCCGCACGAGCCUGGGGCGGCUGCCUCGAUCUUCCGAUUUGACUUGUGGCACUCGUGCCACUUGGGCAUUUGCAAGCCGCUGAUUGGUUCAACGCUGGCGCUACUCAGCGAAACUUAUGCUGGACGGUCCAGAGACGCCCGCUUCAUGCUUUUAUCAGACGACUUCCUGACGUGGUGUCGGGAGAACAAGCGGCAAGCUCUUUUGCACAAGGUGACAAAGGAAACAAUAUGUUGGCCCAAAUCCACAGAGUUCCCUAGCGGCUCAUGGUUCAAGGGUUCCUUGUCAACCACCUUCUGCGAAUUUAUCGAAGCGACCUUAUCAGACAAAACCUUUGAGGACCCAUUGCUGACGAGGAGUGUCGAGGCUGUGCAAGCCUUGAACAAGUUUCUUUCGGGCUUGUAUGAAAGCGACGUGUUCCUCGAUCGUCACACGGCAACAACUUUGGGUCACUAUGGCCUGCGAUUUCUCAGGAGAUAUUCGUGGUGCGCUACAGAGGCUGUGCGCCAGCGUCGAUGCCUUUUUAACUUGCUUCCGAAAUUACAUUGUGUACACCACAUCUGUCUUCAGGAUCUGAUCGAGCCGGCCCAGCGCCAUGAUUACAUCAUCAACCCCCUCGUGUACUCGGUGCAGCUUGCCGAAGACUAUAUUGGUAGAAAUUCGCGAACCAGCAGGAGGCUCCACCCGGCCACAGUUACGAAAAGAGUAGCGGAGAGGCAUCUGCAGGCUGCAUACAGGCAGUAUCUAAAGGCAGGCUUCUUGGUGGAGGAUGCACCGGCAGCCAGCAGCGAGCAAGGAUGA